CUUAACCCCACCUUGCUGGCCCCUAGCCGUGUCUCUCCCCAAAAUCUUCUUUCUUGCAGUUCUCUGCAGAAGGAUUGGUUUAUUGUUCCUUUACACUUGUCUCAGCACUCCUCUCAUCAUCUCUCUCCUCCCAUCUUGCUUCAUUCACAGCUCGGAGCCCUUUUCUGAGUAAGGAUGGAAGCUCUUCUCAACCAAUGGCUCUGGAGACAGGAAUACUGGCUUCCCCCUGGAGUUACCUGGGAAGAUAUAAAGGAGACAGAAAAUGUCCUUUAUCCUAGACCUUGUCAUCUCUUUUUCGGUAUUCCAUGUGCACUCAUCCUUGUUGGUUUGAGAUUUAUAUUUGAAAGGAUUGUGGCAUUACCUCUGAGCAAAAAAAUGGGCAUACGGGAGAAGUUCAAGCGGAAACCUUCUAUUAAACCAAUUUUGGAAGACUUUUACACAAAGAAUGGAAAGCAUCCAACUGAGCUUGAAGUCCUCAGUUUGUCAGCAGAAUGUAAUAUGCAGAUUCGCCAAGUUGAACGUUGGUUCAGAGAUAGGAGAAACCAAGACAGAUCAAGCACAACCAAGAAAUUUUGUGAAGCCAGCUGGAGAUUUAUAAUCUACUUGAUUUCAUUCCUUAUUGGUGUUGCUGUACUUAUUGAUAAGCCAUGGUUUUGGGACCAAAGGGAAUUCUGGACAGAUUAUCCCUAUCAGCCAUUGGUGUCCUCCUUGUACUGGUAUUACAUGCUGCAGCUGGGAUUUUACUCAUCAAUGCUCAUCACUUUAGCUUUUGAUGUAAAAAGAAAGGACCUUAAGGAGCAGAUAGUACAUCACUUUGCCACCAUCUUCCUGAUAACAUUCUCCUAUUGUGCUAAUUAUAUGCGUGCGGGAACUCUGGUGAUGCUCCUGCAUGAUGCAGCUGACCACUUCUUAGAGCUAGCAAAGAUGUGCAAUUACAGCAAGUGGAAGAGGAUGUGUAACAUCUUGUUUGUAAUCUUUGCCUUGGUAUUCAUUGUCACUCGUCUGUAUCUGCUCCCUACAAGGAUCAUUUAUAGCACAUAUUACUACUCCAUGUUACGCUUUCAACCUUUCUUUGGAUACUAUUUCUUUAAUGCCCUACUAAUGAUUCUCCAAAUACUGCACAUGUUUUGGGCAUACAUGAUAUUGCGGAUGAUGUACAGGUUCACAUUCACUGGAAAGCUAGGUAAUGACGUUCGAAGUGAUGUGGAGGACAGUGAUGACAGUGGACAAGAAAGCAAAAAAUCUUCAGAGGUAGAGAAGAAGAGGGGACACUGGGGCAGCAACAACAACUGCAUGUCCCGCAAAGUUAUAGAAAAUGGAGUGAUCCAUAAUAGUCACUCAAAGACCAGUUAACCUGCAGCUACUUAUGGAC